UAUAGAAGUGUUACUUAAAAUAUUUGUGAUGUGUAAUUAGCCUCAUUACCCUAUUUUGCAUGUAUGACCACCCAUAACACAUUCACUGCCAUCAACGCAUACAUGCGUUCACCGUCAUACAUAAUCACAUCCUCUGGCAGUAAAUCUAUUAGAAUUUAAUGUUUUUGUUUCAUAAUUUUUGUAUGUGAUUAUUUUUGCGCAUUGUCAGAUUGACAAAGGUGAAUUUUAUUAUAUAUUGUCACCACACACGCUUGUAAAGGCUCUCAUGAUUGUGAAAACUGAUGAGAAAGUUGCAUUUUAGCUACGAGAUUGGCAAAGUAAUUUGGUGCAAAUUUUGGGUUGUUUCCUUAUGUUGGCUGGUAAAAUUGACUUUUAAAUGGUUAUUUUGAAUGGAAAAUGUUUAAUAACGUUUAUUCAGAUAUGAUUUGGUUUUGUUUUGUAUGAUGUUUCACAGUUAUUAUUUUCAUCGCGUUAGUGUGGUGAAAAAUGUUGUUUCAGUCUGUAGCAAAAUUUGUUUAACCUUCGUGCCUUAAAACGCUCAACCCUAUCAAAUGCUCAAGAUUCCGUUUUUAAUGGAAUUUUAAAAUCUUUCGCUUGCUCGGAUAUCAAUGUUAGCACGAGCGGUUAAACAACAAUUUUGCCCCUUGUCAAACAAAUAUACAUUUCCUCGGUCUCCCGUAGACCACGAACGCUGUAAAGGAUUCAAAAUGGUUGAGAAGCCCAAGAGGGGGUUUUGUAGUUACUUGAGCGCGUCAGAUUAAGAUAUUAGUGAUAUCUACCCCGUAAUGAUCACCAUUUUUAGUUGUCUACGUUGUUCCGAUCCAUCGUGGGGUCAACAAAUCGUUAAGCACAUUGUGGAUUGGUCAUUCUAGUCCAAAAUUAAUGCUACAAUUGUUUUAUUACUAAAUCUGCCAAUUAUUUGUUCGAAUUCUCUUAAUCUCACGGUUAUAAUUUGAAAAUCGGGCGACGAACUUGAAACCCUUAAAAAUUUGUAGACGCUUUCCUGCUCGCUGGAAAAGAAAACUUUAUAGAGGUAACCUGUUUUCCUUCUAAUAAUCUAAUCUUACGAUUCCAAUAAGUCUCUAUGAUGCUCGAGUAACUACACAUUUAACAUCGCCGGCUCCCCAACUAAAACGUCGGAAUGAACUUUAAACUUUGGAUAUAUUUUAAAUUCAUUAUACGCGAUAUAUUCUUCUUUUUAUGUUACUUCAAGAUAUUUCCUGGGAAGGAUUUUACCAGUAUUAUAUUAAUUCGAUAGAAAAUAGUCAUAUAGUUGGUUCUGUUUUUGCAUUAUAGAAAAAAAAACAGUUUAUACACACAUCCUUUUAUAUUUUAAUGAAUGUAUGGUCUCCUUUUAAAAUAGUAAGUAAAACUAUUUAGUAAGAUAGGUAAAAAGUACAUCUUUUUCAAUCAUAAAAUUAAAACAUAAAACAAAAUCAAAAAUAUAAACAAAAAAUAAUCAAACCAAGACAAAAAAAAAUUAUAACUACUAAGUAACUAAUUCAUGUUGUUUCAAUAACAGGACUAUGAGAGAUAUAAAAAUAAAAAACUCCUUAGAAUUGAAGUUCGUGAAUGUUUAAAUAUUCUGCCUUCCACAUCCUUAACACUGUCAGUUGACUAGUUCCCAAUACUAGCUAGCUUCAGUAACCAUGAUUCAAGUGGCAUAUUUCUUGAAAUGUAAUUACUUAGCCAUUUCUUAACGUAAUUAAUUGAGUCGAAAGUUAGCCUCAGAUUUCCCUCGAGAAUGGUUGGAUUUCACAGUUAAAAUAUCAAUUAUUUGUUUACUAGGAUGAAUGUGAUUUCACUGUAUAAAAUACUUAAGAAUAUUUCUCAGGAUGGCAUUGGCAUUGGGAAUUUGAAGAACAUUAUACAGCUACCUAUUAUAUCUUAUAUUAUUGUCACUGGAUAAAGCAGCUGUAACAUUUGAAACUAAGUAGUAAGGGCUCGUUAUGGGCACACGUAGGUUUAGCUUAAAAUAGAUAUAUUUUAUUAUUUAUUGGGAAAAGGUAAGCAUUUGACCAUAAUCUCACGAGUUGGUAAGCCGAUGCUAUCUAAGAUUGAACAUGCUUACCUAAAAGAUGUCUAUUUACUCUCAAUUUACGAUCCAAGUUGUAGUGAACUGAAAAAAAAACUGUUUCGAAUUUACAAUGUGACUGGUUGUGGCAACUAUGAUGAAGUCUGCGACGUAGUUUCCACAAUAGGUUAUUAUGUUACAAAAUUUCUUCUUUAGAUACUCUAUCUAGCCUAUCUAGUAAAUUUUGCAACACCUCUGUGUUUUGUUAUAUUUUAAGCUAUUAUUUACUAUAAGUAAAAAAAAAAUAGUUUCAAAACAGUCUAUCUUUUAGGUUACAGAUGAAUAGGAGAUAUUGCAGCAAAAAUCAAUAAAAUGCAUCAAUGCACAUACAUUGUUGUUAGCGCAUCGUAACUAAACGCGUAACUUAACCAGCGAAAGGCUCCACUGAAUUGAAAAGAUAAGAUUUUGCAAUUAGCCGCCGUUAGAUCUUUCGCACGUUUAUGAAUAACCUAAGACUAAGGACACGCCACCCGCUUACAGCUCAGGCGAAUGUAGUUGAACGCGCGCUCACGGUGAAACAGCACUUGCCAGAGUUAUGCGACUGUUAUAGUGCCUCAGUGAACCCGGUAAACACAGUGGACUCAGUGACGAUGGCCUCUCAGUGGUUCCCGCCCGACAUAAGCCAAGUAUGCGCUGAAGCAACCGCACCGUUGACUCAAUGUUCCCAAACAGGGUUUCUCUAUUUGACCCUCCUUGCUCAACUGUUCGGACGCUCAAUAGAUGACGACGCUUACCCUAGAAGAAACCCAUAUUUGAAUGCUCCCAGCUCGGUCGGGCCAAGUUUUGAAACAAGUUUCCUACGGCCGAUGCAAGUUCCAUUAGGACCGACACCUUUGAAAUUAAACCCGGAAAUUAACGCAACUCCCCUAGGCCCUCUCUUGCCAAGCUCCACAAUCAAUCAGUACAAAUCAACGAAUGGUAAAAGUUACCUCAUGCAAACGUUCUAUUUAAAGCCGGAUAAACAGGAGCCUAAAUUCGAAUUCGGGAGGAAAUUCGAGCAUCCGUAUUUGAAGUUCGAUAAACCGUAUGAGUUUGGAUUUAAUGAAAACAGAUAUUUUGAUGCGGAUAUAGCUGACUCUAAAAAAAUACCGGUGGCUGUGGAGAAGAAAACAACAAAACGCAGAAAGAAAAGACAGGCGCCAGAAGAAUAUGACUUCAUCAUAGUCGGUGCCGGAUCAGCGGGAUGUGUCCUCGCAAAUCGUUUAUCUGAAGUUAAGAAGUGGAAGAUACUCCUUCUAGAAGCGGGUCCCGAGGAACCAGAGGUAACUAGCGUGCCUGCGCUGGCCCCGGUUUUAGCUGCGUCGAGUAUUGACUGGGGCUACCGAACACAACCCGAAGAGUUGACUUGCCUGGCUCAAAGAGGUCGCACUUGUGCUUGGACUAGUGGUAGAGUGAUGGGUGGUUCGAGCGCAAUUAACUAUUUAGUAUACAUGAGAGGCAACAGAAAGGACUACGAUGAUUGGGCAGCUUUAGGAAAUGUUGGCUGGAGCUACAAAGAAGUCCUUCCAUUCUUCAAAAAAUCUGAAAGCAAUCAAGAUAUAGAAGCCAAAGACAUGACAUAUCAUGGUGUAGAUGGACCUAUGAACGUUGAACGAUUUACGUUUGUGGACCCAAAUGUUGUGAUGCUUGUAAAAGCGUUUCACGAAACUGGACUGCCUUUGGUUGAUUUUAAUGGUCAAGAACAAAUAGGAACAAUGAUAACUCAGACAACAUCUCGAAAUGGGAAAAGAGUAUCAACAAAUGAAGCUUUUAUAAGGCCAAUAAGAAAUUAUCGACGGAACCUGACAGUUAAAACUAAUGCUCAAGUUACUCGAGUUCUCAUUGAACCUGCAAGAAAAAUUGCUUACGGCGUGAAUUACAUUGAGAAUAAUACAUGGAAAACAGCUUAUGCUACAAAGGAGAUCAUACUGAGCGCAGGCGCAUUGAAUUCUCCUAAAAUUUUAAUGCUUUCGGGGAUCGGACCACUUGAAGAAUUAAAAUUUCUGAAAAUACCAGUUAUCAAAGACUUAAAAGUAGGAUACAACUUACAAGACCACGUGACUACUAAUGCUAUGUUGAUGGAGUUGACAAGUGCAACCUCAACGCUGGUGAGCGGCAUGAAAUUAGUAAAAGAAAUAAAUAAUUAUAACAGUUCAUACAACAAUAAUGGACCUUUAGCAGCUACUGGACCUCUACAUGGAACUGCUUUUAUUCAAACUAAGUAUACAACAGGAGAUAAAACAGUCCCCGAUAUACAGUUCCACUUUGACGGUAGAAAUAAAGAAGAAUUUUAUUCAGACCCGACUACUUACCUAGAAACGAAUACUUUACCUCUCGCUUUCUAUGAUAGUAUCAACGUUAGACCAAUACUUCUUUCACCCAAAAGUAGAGGUUACCUAACAUUGAACAGAACAAAUCCAGUAUUCGGUCAACCGUUAAUUUAUCCAAGAUUCUUCACUGAAGAAGAGGAUUUAAAAACAUUAGUAGCAGCAUUAAGGUUUGUCGUACAAUUGGAGAAAACUGCACCGUUCAGACAAUCUGGUACUAAAUUCAUAAGAAAACCAGUGUUAGCGUGCAAUGAGUUCAUUUGGGGGACUGAUGAUUAUUUUGCAUGCUUAUUUACGAGAUAUACUGGAACUAUUUAUCACCCUUCGGGAACAUGCAAGAUGGGGCCAAAAUACGACGAAUAUGCAGUAGUUGAUCCGAGACUAAGAGUGUAUGGAGUAAAACAUUUAAGAGUGGUUGACGCAUCAAUAAUGCCAAAUAUAGUUCGUGGAAAUACAAAUGCUCCUGUAAUUAUGAUUGGAGAAAAAGCUGCGGAAAUGAUUAAAGACGAUUGGAGAGGUCACGCUUAGAACAUUACUA